CCUCACUCCUCCGCCCCACACGCCACCCCUCCUCCCUCCUGUCUUUCAGACAGACUGUUUUUGCUGCAUUGAACGGUAGCCGUGGAGAGAGGGAAAACGCAAGAAAAACAAGAAGCCGAAGAAGGAAGAUAAAAAAAAGUCAAUAUAGACAUAUCCAGAGAGACCUCAGAUCCAGCGCCAGCUAUCCUGCAUCACAAGGACCACUUCCAGACCAGAACCAACGGCGACAAAUAGUGCAGGACCCGGACUCCAGAGGCGUAUAUCGGUAACACUCUGGUAACACUCCGGUGCUCCUCUGCCUACCCUCGUGAGGAUUCAUUGAGACGAACAAACGGAUCUGUGUGUCCAACCGACCAUGGCAUUCCCUUCUUACCCGGUCCCUGGUCUAUGGACUCUGAGCUUAUUGACACUACUGGCAGCCUCUGUUCAAAGCAACUUCAUCGUUUUUGACGAUGACCCCAUGCAGCCGGUGACCCAGGACGAGACGGUGUCGGUGGGCGGCACGGUGACCCUGACCUGCCGGGUGACAGAGAGCGACAACUCCUCCCUGCAGUGGUCCAACACGGCCCAGCAGACUCUGUACUUUGGAGAGAAGAGAGCUCUGAGAGAUAACCGUAUCCAGCUCCACCAGUCAACAGGCACAGAGCUGUCCAUCACCAUUGGAGACAUCCAGCUGUCAGACGAGGGGGAGUACACCUGCUCCAUCUUCACCAUGCCCGUCCGCACUGCCCGUGCCACCGUCACUGUGCUAGGUGUCCCUGGUAAGCCUCAGAUCUCUGGCUAUGAGGAUGCUGUGCAGGAAGGGGGCAAAGUCACCCUCACCUGCACCAGCUCCGGGAGCAAGCCUCCCGCCAAACUACACUGGUACAGGGACCAGAAGGAACUCACAGGUCGCCCUGAUGUGGUGGAGUCUAACCCUGGUGAGCCGACCUACACAGUGAUCAGUGAGCUGACUCUGACUGUGGGCCGAAGCGAUGAUAAUGCUCUGAUUGCCUGUGCUGUAGACCACCCUUCUCUGGCCCAUGGGGACAAAGGGAGCGAGCAACGCAUUAGAGUCCUGUUCACCCCAGACGUAACUAUCCAGCCAGAGAGUGAUCUGCCCAGAGAGGGAGGAAAGUUCCACCUGCAGUGCAUUGCCAACGGAAACCCCGAGCCUAUCUCGUACGUGUGGCAGAAGAAGGAUGGAGAGCUCCCGCUGGCCAAGGUGGAUGGUAGUGUCCUGCGCUUUGAGAUGCUCAACAAAUCAGACAACGGCAUGUACCUUUGUCAGGCCGACAAUGGCAUCGGGAAGGUGCAGGGACAGUACACACUGUUGGUGCAAGAUGGUCCAGACAACAUUGCAGAUCCCACUGCCAUGUCUACCUCUUCAGGAGUGGACCAUGCUGUGAUUGGAGGAGUGGUGGCGGUCAUCGUCUUCAUCCUGCUCUGUCUGCUCAUCGUCUUGGGCAGAUACCUCAUCAGACACAAAGGGACAUAUCUUACCCAUGAGGCCAAGGGCUCCGAUGACGCUCCCGACGCCGACACGGCUAUCAUCAACGCCGAGGGCGGCCAUUCCGGAGCAGAGGACAAGAAAGAGUACUUCAUCUAGGGAGGGGUCGGGAGGGGGGAGAGGAACGCCUCCAUUUGUCUUCACAAGCUUCAGUUCUUCACAGCAGCCAGAGGGGGAGGAGUAGGGGACAGACAGACAGGGAAAUGGUGAAAUAUAAGAUUCGCAAGUACUGAGACUGACAGGAAAAACAGAAAAGCUUCACCUGGUAGACCUGCAUUGAAAACAGUGCGAUUAUUUGCACUUAUAUACAUGACUUCCUCAUGUCCACUGACACACACACACACACACACACACACACACACACACACACACUACGUGUUACGUGUCACUGACACACUGUUACGAGAUACACAUCCUGUUCAUGCUCACAUGAACAUACAAACAGGCACAUGUACAUGUAACAGGAUCAUAGUAAUGCAAAGUAAUGUUCGAUUUCUUGAUUUAAGAGGAAAAACACAUUUUUUAUACAUGCAUAUACAGUACAUAUACAUGUUUCAUUAACAUUCAACUGUCAGUGACACAAAUGCAAAAUUCUACUCCACAUAUUAUUGCAAAAAUGUCAUUCACAUUCCAGCAUGUUAUGCUGAAAUACAGUUUCUGAACCCCAAACACUGUCCCCCACCCAUCUAUCCAUAUCAUUCCUCCCACUCAUCUGUCUUUCAUUUUCCCUAUUUUCUUCUCUCUAUUCUAUCACUCCCCACAUAGACUACUACAGACCAGGACAGACUCUAUAUGACAUUCUUCUGUUCAGAAAUCUGUCUAAAAUCCAUCAACAACAACUGCUGUACAUAACCUCUCUCUCUUUCCCGUCUUUCUCUGUCACACACACACACAAACAAACAAACAGACAAAUACAACCCCUAUUCCCUACAUAGUGCACUACUUUUGACCAGGGUCCAUUGUAACAUGAAGGCAACAGAAUCGAAACACAUGACAAUACAAUGCAACAGGGGUUCUCGAAGUAUGAAUAUUACUAACAACAACAGAUGAAACUCAUUUUGGCCAAGGGAUCCGUGGGAUAAGUUUAGAGGGUGUAAUACAGUACAUGUAAUAAUAUGGACCCUCCCCAAAUGUUUAUUUUUAUUUUUACAUAAAUGCACUGUAAUUUAAGCUGUAAAACUGCUAAAUUCUCAUGUCAACGUUUGUAGAAUUGCAGGACAUUACGUUUAAAGCUGCAACAACAAAGAUCUCUCUGCCCCAUGAUGAAAUGUGUAGAAUUGCAAGAAAUUUUAAAAUGUUGCUUUCCAGGGCCCGAAAAAUGGUUUGGUCCAGUCAUGCACUGCCGGAGUAAAAGUCAUUGUAUGCUAUAUUUCUCUAACUCGAGUUGUGUUCUAAUUAUGAAUUUGCUAUCACAAAAGAGGUCCCCGGAUACAAUAUGAUACAAUACAACCCCUACACUACCACACAACACACCCCAUGCAAAAACAGCAUCCCUGUAUGGUCACAGUGCGGGAUUCCGAUAUAAAUAUCUAAAUAUAUAUAUAUAUAAUUAUAUAGCAUUCUUUUUACUCAGAAAACAAACAAAAAACGUUUGGUGUGCUGUAAAUACACUAUCAUUUCCUCUCUCUCUCUCUUUAUCUCCUCCUCCUCUCUCUAUCUCCUCCUCCUACCCUACAUCUCCCUCCGUCUGUUACUAACUGCCGUACAGUAUAUAAUCUAAAGCCUGCCUGUUUUUACUAAUGCUGAGUGAAAAAUAUCAAUAUCUCGGAAAAUGUGUGUUGCAAUGAAAACCUAAAAGUACUACAAAUAUUUGUAUGAAUUCCGUUUGGAUCCUUCUGUUUUGAUUGUUUUGUUCUGGUGUUCUGGUGUUUACUUACUGUCAGUGUUAACAGUUUUCAGUGUCUGUUGGUCAGUCCAGGAGUUCAUAUUGUUAUGAUUUAAUUAUGAUUAGUGAUUAUGACUAUCUAUUUUCUUUAUUUCCGUUGUUAUCCCUGAGGGAUACUGUAGUAGCUCUAAUGAAUAUAAUUAUACCACAUUGCUUCUAUCCUGCUGCUGCAUUCUGGAAUGCUCUCUCUGGCCAACCACCAGCCAGUAAACGCAUGCUAUAAUGACAUCACUUAAUGUAAGAGGCUAAUACAGUCACUGCACCUUUUAAAAUGACAUCAUUCCCUGCAAUCUAAUAAAAGAGUCCAGCCAGGCUUGCAGGCAGCAGUUAACCAGGGUACAGUUCAGUGGGCAGGGCACUCUCUCUGCUUCAGGCAUGCAUACUGACACUGAACUUCAUCUCUCUCUCUCUCUCUCUCUCUCUCUCUCUUUAUCCCCUAUCUCUCUCUCUCUCUGCCCCCCCUCUCUCUGUCCCCUCUACCUCUCUCUAUAAUUAUCUGCACCCCCCUCUCUCUAUCUCUCUGACCAUCCUUCCAUCUCUUUGACCUUUCUCUUAAUUUUCUUUAUCAGUCUCCCACACACACUCAGAAAACACAUUUAAAUAACUUCAUAGCUAGCUAGAGCAUUACUAGAUUUGCUCGUUCAGCGAGCUAUUGUCUGAUGCGACCGGCCAGCGCGCUAGCCUGACGUCUGGACUGGACACCAGGGGUCCGUUCUGUUGCUGUUGUUAUAGAAUUGUUAAUUCCGUCUGUGAUAGUUUUGUACACCUAGGGAAUGAUCAGGGAUUGCUUCUAUCUCAUCCCCCAUUGCCAUUUUGCCACCGGGCUGUUGUGAAUGGGAAUAGCCAUAGAGGUAAUAUCUAUACCAUGGCUACUUCUGUGACUGCAUGGCAGCAAAAUUGAGCCCUCUAUCCAGCUCUAUGCGAUCUCUAUGGGAGUAGGUAAUCUAGUGAGUCUGCUGUCGUAAUAAGCUACGGUAUACAGCCUCUCUGGGGAGAGAAAGAGAUGUCUGCAGACGAAAUGGGAGCGUGGUGUCAGUCACUCGCAAUGUGUUUAUUUGGCUCGCUCACUUUCUUAAGAGAGGAGUUUCCAUUUGGUGAGUUGCAUUUUCUAAGUAGUCCCAGUCGUACGUAACCUUUGACCUUUCAACUGAUGAGGAGUUGGAACCAGGAAUGUCUGUCUACUCCACGGAAACAAAGGAUAAUAGUAGACCUACUUACUGGAUGUUUCCAACUGGACCUGUAUUUGCUCAUAUCUAUCGUCCUGUCCUAGCUCUAGAAGAUCGCAUGAAAUGUCUGCAUGAGAAAAGAAGGUGGACCACACUAUAGCUUUGACCAAACAUGAGAACAUGAAAACUGUUGUUGACAAUAUAUGUGAGACGACCAACCGACUGAUGGAGGUGUUUGACGGCUUGUCCAUAGAAUUAGAAUCAUUCUAGCCAUAUGGGCUUUCCCUACUCCCCAGUCUGCAGACAUCUAUUAUAUUCUAGAACACUCCACGCUUUAGAACGCAUUGCAUUUGUGUGCAGUUACAGCUUUCUGCCACCAGGUGUCAGUGACGAGCAGCUGUUUUUCUUGCUUUGGAACACACUGUCUUACCACUAUCACCUGUCCACCUUUCUGCUCUCUUUUCUGCACCAUUGUUAGGGGAAUGCUCUUUCUCCACUGCUCUCUCUUCUUAUUUUGUAGUACGUUAUCUUGAAGAAUAGAUUUAAAAAUGAUGUUUAUUUUUCAAAGAAAGGUGUGCAUACUUUUAAAUGUAUUACUUUCAAUUCAAUUGCUAAUCUUUUUUUUCUUUUUUUAUAAAUAGAUGUUCAAUAUUUUAAGGUUAGAGGGUAGUUUGGCGUAUCUUAUUGUUUCGACAGUCCACCAUUUUUAUAUAAUUUCAUGUAUAUAGUGUUGCCUUUACUGGUUAUUUUUACAAGCACACUGAUACACACUCACACACACAUGUGCAUGAGGUACAUGUAGUCUGUGACUACAGUGUGUUUGUGCGUGCCUGUGUGUGUGUGUGCGUGCCUGUGUGUGUGUGUGUGUGUGUGUGUGUGUGUGUGUGUGUGUGUGUGUGUAUGAGUGUGUGGUGUGUAUAAUGAUUGACCCAAACAGACUCUGGAGACACUGGAUGCGUCCCAAAUUGCACCCUAUUCCCUAUGUACUGCACUACUUUUGACCAGGCCUCAUAGCCCUUCCCAUAGGGCUCUGAUCAAAAGUAGUGCACUAUAUAGAAAAUAGGGUGCCAUUUGAGGACGUAGACACUAUCUGUGUUAUUUUCCACAAAAUAUUAUUUUAAUGAUGAGUCUAUUUUGUUAGCGUUCUUUUUGGAUGAUAAGUCUUCCUUUUGAAUAACUAUCCAUAUCACAUGGGAAUAGUGCUGUCAUGGAUGUUACCUAAUUUGUACUAUUGCUAAUGAUGUCAUCAAGGUGGGACUGCACUAUGGUGAUGAUGUCAUAAUGCUGAGUUCUGUCUCCGUUGGCUGUUCUGAUCGUUCAUACAGUAUUAGCUUUUUUGUUACUAUACCGAUUCAGUUGUUGACUUCAAAUAAACAUGCAUUUGGGUUAACUUCA